AUGACCAGCCAGACUUCGUCUACCCAAGGUACAGAGCUACUUCCUAGCCUCCGACUCCAUCGAACCCUCCUCUCCGCUGCAACCGCUUCUCCGACCCCUCCGAUCUCUUCACGCCACCCCCCCCCCCCGGCCGCGCAUAUGCAAGCCGACAGCUUGAAAUUCGUUUACUAUAUCAAAAAGGCAGAGAACGGUGUAGAAGAACUUCACAGUAAGCUGCACCGCGAGUACACAGGCAUUUCCAGGGACUGCAACACACGACUUCACUUUCGCUCAUUCGGCGCCUCUGCACCAUUUGCUAAAUUCGCAUUAGGAGAUAGCGCAAAAAUGCUCCAGAAGAACCCAGGGUCACUUCAAAUGGGGCUCGCCGUCUGCUGCGACUCUUCGUGUCACGUAACCUACAUAAUUUGUGAGAUCACCGCCGCGGCGGUCGCCGCUUUUGUCGACUUCAUCCGUCAGGAGAUACCUCUUGCGCCCACGGAGGCAGACUGCACUUUUGGGGUUUGA